AUGGGAUCCAGAAUCCCUCCCCGGCCGCGCGAAGAGCUCUCGCCCAAAGAGCAGGAGGAGUACGAUCACUUCUCGUACGUAUGGUGCUCUGCCUGGGUAGAUGCUCGUCACUCACUCGCCGGGUAUAGGAAACAAUCCGAGUUCGGCUUCGGCAAGAACGGCGAAAAGUUCCUCUACAAAGAUGCGAGCAAUGGCGCCUUCAUCGGCCCGUAUCCCUUCCUACAAGCGGCUCCUGACACGGGCAAGAUGGCGCUGGAGCUCGUCUUCAGCGUCAGCCGAAUCGCGCCCCUGCCCGCCGAUGUCAAAGAGACGGCCAUCCUCACGGCAGGUGGCCAUUUCCAGGCGGCGUAUGAACUCUACGCGCACGCGAAUGUCGCUGUCAAGAGUGGCGUUCUCAGCAGAGCGCAGGUCGAUGUGCUGAAAUCGGAUCGGAAACCCGGGGACCUGAAUGGGAAUUGUAGUCUAGCGUACGAUGUGGCCAAGUAUCUGUGUGGUCAGAAGGGGCCUCUGCCGAAGGAGGAUUGGGAGAGGAGUGUACGGGCGUUUGGGAAGGAGGGGACGUUGGCGCUGGUGCAUUAUAUCGGGUACUAUGCGUAUCUGUGCAUCGCGCUGAAUGCCGUUGACGCGUCGGUGCCGGAGUGA